AUGGCUUUUGUAUUUUAAGCAGAAAGAAAUAUGCUAAAUAAACCAUCGGGUGUUCCUCCAAAUGUAAAAUGGAUUUAAUACAAAUAGGUUGGUCCUGGCAGUUAUCUUGCACAUGAAUAAUUAAAAAUAAAAUAAGGAAAUGCUCCUUUUGAUACAUAAGUUACAAGAAAUCCUGCAAUAAAAUAAGAAAUUUCUCCUGGACCAGGAAGCUAUAAUCUUUAAAAUGAAGUAUAAGGGUAAGAUACUUAAAUUAAAUGUUUUCUGAGGUAAAACAUAGUUCUAUAAUCGCCUUUAUCAUAAGUGAAAGUAAUCGAAAGACCUUAACCUUAAUCAGUUUUUGCUUCUUAGAGUAAAAGAUUUCAUCAUCCGAAAAGUAUGAUAUCACCUGGGUAUUUAAUUAUUCUUAAAUAAAUGAAAGUCCUGGGGCAUAUGAUGCAAGUAACUGUGGAACUAGAGUUAUUCAAUAAUAAUAUACAUCAUAACAUUAUAUUGAAAACUUAAUGAAAAUGAACAAAUAUUAAUCAAUACCUUCCAUACCUUCAUCAAAUCAAGUUUAUGGUUAUACAGAAAAAGGAAGUAAUUAAAAUUUAUUAAGACUAUUUAGCACAUGAUUUAGAAGUUAACAAAUUUCCAUUUCCAACAUUUACUGGUCUUAAAUAAGAUUCAGUUGGUCCAGGUUAAUAUGAAGUAAAGGAUGCAUUUGAAUAGAAUAAAUAUAAAGGAAAUUUUUGGCAUAAAUCUAAAGUUUAAAGAUUAGAACCAACCAUAUCAAAAGAAAAAGAAUUAAUGGUUGGACCUGGUACUUAUGAUCCUAAUGCAUCUGUUGUACCAUUACAUAAGCUAAAUCCAUCAGGAAAUUUCUAAUCUAAAUCUUAAAGAUUGUUUGAUUCAACUAAAGAAGAAAAAUAGAAAUAAUUUAUGAAAAUAUUCUUUGAUAAAUAAAAAGAUAGACUUACAAAGAAUGCAGGAAGUUAAUUAGAAGAUGAUGAAUAUAUAUUUUGUGAUGUAAUUAUCAUCAUUUAUAUUAAAUCAAAAAGGAUACAACACCAGGUCCAGGUUAAUAUUUAGGAAAUAUUUCCAGUUAAUCAGCUAUUUCAACUAAUACAUAAAAUACAACUAAAUUAGGAAAAAAUUGUUUUGGAUCUAAAAGUAGAAGAUUUCAAGAAAAAAGAAUGCCUUGUUAUGUUGGUCCUGGAGAUUAUGAAUUAGAAACUGAUAUUAUUAAAGAAAGUAUAUCAUAAAAAUAACCUCCUUUUCAAUCAACUAAUUUACGAUUUGAAGCUAAAAGCUAUGAAAAGCGUCCAGGACCAUAAACAUAUAAUCCAAAAAUUAAUGUAAUUAAUAAUAUAAUUAAGUUAGUUAGAAGAUAAAUUAAUUAAAAAAUUAGAAAGAUCACCUGUUUCUAAUUUUGGAUCCAAUUAAUCAAGAUUUAAACAAUAAGAAAAUGAAAUGCCUGGUCCAGGAACAUAUGAUUAAUAAAAUAAAAAAGUUAAAGGAGUUGUAUCUGUUUUUACAUCUAAAACAAAAAGAGCAGAAGCUACUUCAGUUUCUAAAGAUAAUUUUCCAGCUCCAGGUGCAUAUGAUGUCAAAAAUUACACCAUUGAAUAAACAACUAAAAUUGAAAAAGAAGAAGAUCCUGAUUUGGCCAUUUAUAAACCAGCUUUUGGGUCAUCAUUACCUAGAUUUAUGUAUAAAGAAAAAAAGCCUAUUGAUGAAGAAGAUGAUGAACAAGAAGAUUAAUAAAUUAGAAUGCAUAAUAAUUCAUCUAUGUUUUAGAAAAAAAAAAAACCUCAUCCUCCCUUUAAUUUUAGAGUAAUAUCUACAAUCAUUAUUUAACUUAGGAAAAUAGAUUUAAUUAUGAAAAAAACCAAGAUAAUUUACCUGGUCCAGGAGAAUACUUUGAUCCAAAAGAAAAUGCUUGGAAAAAAUCUACUUUUAAUAUUUUAUUCUAAGAAAUUUGA